AUGAAGUUCUCCACCGCCCUCCUUACCUCUCUGGCCGCCUUUGCCGCUGCCGCCCCCAUCGACUGCGACGACAACAAGCUCGUUGCCCGUGACGUUGUCACCGUCUUUGCCCACGAGACCACCUACGUGUACGCUAACCAGGACGCCGCCCCCGCUCCUGCCGCCACUCCUUCUCCUGAGGUCAAGGCCCAGGCCGCCGACAACAACGCCGGAAACGUUGUCUACCAGUACGUUUACGUUACUGUUGACCAGAACGGAAACCUGAUCCAGAACACCGCCGUCGAGACCAAGCCUGCCGCUGCCGCCCCCACCCAGGAGGCCCCCAAGCAGGAGGCACCCAAGCAGGAGGCCCCCAAGCAGGAAGCCCCCAAGCAGGAGGCCCCCAAGCAGGAGGCCCCCAAGUCUUCUGAGGCCCCCUCUUUCAAGGCCGAGGCCGGUGAGUCCGCCAAGGUCCAGACCCCCGCUCCUAAGCCCUCCCCCGCUGCCCCCAAGCCCUCUCCUUCCCCCCAGGCUGAGGCUCCCGCUUCCAAGUCCUCCAACCUUGACUCUUGGUCCCAGUCCAUCCUCGACACCCAGAACGCUAAGCGAGCUGAGCACGGUGUCGGUGCCUUCGCCUGGAACGAGACUCUCGCCAACUUUGCCUCUGAUUACCUUGAGAAGGCUCAGUGCAACUUUGCGCACUCUGGUGGCCCCUACGGUGAGAACCUCGCCAUGGGCUACCCCUCCGCCCAGGCCGCCGUCAACGGCUGGUACGACGAGGUCAAGGACUACAACUUUGCCCAGGGUGACUUCUCCAUGGCCACUGGCCACUUCACCCAGAUGGUGUGGAAGGGCUCUAACCAGCUUGGUUGCGCCAAGAAGGAGUGUGGCGGAAACGGUGCUUACGUUGUUUGCGAGUACUACCCUCGAGGCAACAUCAUCGGUGCCUUCCAGCAGAACGUUCUCAACUAA